AUGGCGCUCCUGGUGGAGACCUGGACUCACCAGGGCAAGCCCGAGUGCUCCCUAGCCAUCGACGGCGACCCCGGCCCUGGUUCUCCAGUCUGCGCCCCACAGGGCACACCAGAGCCACCCCGUCCACGCAAAUCGCUUCGUAGGUCUGCAUCCGAUGGGCGGAAGCGGGACUCCGUGAGAGCCAUAAGGAGCGUUCGGAAGCAUGAUGGCUGCCGUCCCCCACCCGAACGGGCCAUGGAUCCAACAGAACCCCCAGCCUGCUCCUGGGUGGAAUUGCAUUUCAGCAAUAAUGGGAAUGGGAGCAGCAUUCCAGCCUCUGCUUCUAUUUAUAACGGCGACCUGGAAAAAAUCCUGCUGGACGCCCAGCACGAAUCUGGACGGAGUAGCUCCAAGAGUUCUCACUGUGACAGCCCGCCUCGCUCACAGACUCCGCAAGAUACGAACCGAGCUUCGGAGAUAGACGCCCACAGCGUGGGAGAAAAGAACAGCUCUCAGUCCGAGGAAGAUUAUAUCGAGAGGAGGAAAGAAGUCGAGAGCAUCUUGAAGAAAAACUCCGACUGGAUAUGGGACUGGUCCAGUCGGCCGGAAAACAUUCCCCCCAAGGAGCUCCUCUUCAAGCACCCGAAGCGCACGGCCACGCUCAGCAUGAGGAACACGAGCGUGAUGAAGAAGGGGGGCAUCUUCUCGGCGGAGUUCCUGAAGGUCUUCCUCCCGUCCCUGCUGCUCUCGCACCUGCUGGCCAUCGGGCUGGGGAUCUACAUCGGAAGGCGUCUGACCACCUCCACCAGCACCUUCUGAUGAAGAAUCAGAGCCCGGCUUUUCCCCGCGGCCGGAUCGCCGUGGGGGCCGCGGCAGCACCAACGGAGGCCUGUCCCGACCCCAGGAAGCCGCACCACUUGGUUCUGUAAACGCUGCGUUUCCGCCUUUAGUGAGAUGAAAGAAAAGACAGAAGAACCAGGCUAACCCGUAAUCGUAUCUGUGGGAUCAGUUAGUGCGCAUGUCGUGUUGGUUAACAUCUGCUGUAAUAAUUCGGUAGUAAGUUCUCUUUGGAUAUUAUAAGUAAGUAAAUAAUUUUAACAUGCUAGAUACGAUGUAUGUAGUAUUCUGGCAGAUUAUCUGUAACCAGUUAUUCAGUUAAAAUACUCUAUAUUUGCAAAGAAUGAACGUUUAUUAAAAUGACUACAUGAGGGGUUUAUCCCGAGUAAAUAUUGUGGCCUUAUAUUCACACUAUUAUAGGAAAGACUACAUUCAAGUGGAUGCAGGUUGUCUCCUAAAGACAUUUAACUCUUUUAACGCAGAGUUCUUU